UGCCUUAAGAGACUUUUAACGUAAUAGCUCCAAAAUGGCAAAGAAUAAGAAAGCAUAUAAUAUAGAACUUAUUGACCAUAUCUACAAUCAAGUACCGGCAUUUACAGAUGUCUUUGAUGAAGAGACAUGGUACAUUUUUGUUGCCUUCUUUGUAAUUGGCACAAUUUUUAUAGCAGUUGUUUUGUCUAGAUUUGUUACAAUCAGACCUGUUGGAGGAUAAAUUAAUUAACCAAAUUUUAACAGGUUUACAUGUAGAAUGUAGUCACUAAUCAAGAUUUGUUCCUGAGCUUAUGUUUCUCUUGCUUUUCAUGUAGUGUCUGUUAAUACAUUUAUUGCUAUACCAA